AAUAAAUAAAAAAAGAAAAGAAAAAGGAAAGAAAGAAAAUUUCGGUUCCAGAAGAAGUGGAAAAAAGAAAGGGAAUAAAAACGCCACCAAGCAAAGGCUGAAAAUCACCAUCUCAAAGUCGCUUCACAGCGAUUAGGGUUUCGUACCACUUUUUUCUACUAUCUUUCUCUCGCGUUUUCACUUUCAGUUUCUCAGAAUAGGUUGUGUUUCACAGCUAGAGGGGAAGAACAAAUAGAUGUUUGUGGAAGAAUUGUGAGUCUUUUUAGAUAGGUUUCGGAUUCAAAAUAGCUAUGGCGUGGUUUAGAGCUGGGUCUAGUGUGGCAAAGCUUGCCAUCAGAAGAACUCUAUCUCAGAGUGGAUCAUAUGCUGCUAGAACACGGGUCCUUCCCUCUCAGAAUCGUUAUUUCCACACCACAAUAUUUAAACCCAAGGCGCAAGCUGCACCUGUUCCUCGCCCUGUGCCACUCUCUAGGCUCACUGAUAGUUUCUUAGAUGGAACCAGCAGUGUCUAUUUGGAGGAGCUUCAAAGGGCUUGGGAAGCUGACCCAAAUAGUGUUGAUGAGUCCUGGGACAAUUUCUUCAGGAAUUUUGUGGGUCAGGCUGCCACUUCCCCUGGAAUUUCUGGCCAAACGAUUCAGGAGAGUAUGCGUUUGCUGUUGCUUGUGAGGGCUUACCAGGUUAAUGGUCACAUGAAAGCUAAGUUGGAUCCUUUGGGUUUGGAAGAACGAGAAAUCCCAGAUGAUUUGGACCCUGCACUUUAUGGGUUCUCUGAAGCUGAUCUUGAUAGAGAGUUCUUUUUAGGUGUAUGGAGGAUGUCUGGGUUUUUGUCUGAGAACCGUCCAGUGCAGACCCUUAGAUCCAUAUUGACCAGGCUUGAGCAGGCUUACUGUGGGAGCAUUGGGUAUGAAUACAUGCACAUUGCUGAUCGUGAAAAAUGCAACUGGUUGAGAGAUAAGGUUGAAACUCCGACACCGAUGCAAUACAAUCGGCAAAGGCGUGAAGUUAUUCUUGAUAGGCUUAUAUGGAGUACACAGUUUGAGAACUUCUUGGCCACAAAAUGGACAACAGCAAAGAGAUUUGGGCUUGAAGGCGGGGAGACAUUGAUUCCUGGAAUGAAGGAGAUGUUUGAUAGGGCGGCAGAUCUUGGUGUUGAGAGCAUAGUUAUUGGAAUGCCUCAUAGAGGAAGACUGAAUGUUUUGGGUAAUGUUGUUCGAAAGCCUCUAGCUCAGAUAUUUAGUGAAUUUAGUGGCGGCACGAAGCCUGUCGAUGAAGUUGGGCUCUACACAGGAACUGGUGAUGUUAAGUAUCACUUGGGAACUUCUUAUGAUCGACCAACUAGAGGUGGUAAGAGAAUUCAUUUGUCUUUAGUUGCAAAUCCAAGUCAUUUGGAAGCUGUUGACCCAGUUGUUGUUGGAAAAACAAGAGCCAAGCAAUAUUACUCGAGUGAUCUGGACAGGACCAAGAAUAUGGGUGUUUUGAUCCACGGUGAUGGUAGUUUUGCUGGACAAGGUGUAGUCUAUGAAACUCUUCAUCUUAGUGCUCUUCCGAACUACACAACUGGUGGGACCAUACACAUUGUGGUCAACAACCAAGUUGCCUUUACAACUGAUCCAAGGGCUGGCAGAUCUUCUCAGUACUGCACUGAUGUUGCAAAAGCCUUGAAUGCCCCUAUUUUCCAUGUAAAUGCUGACGACAUGGAAGCAGUUGUUCAUGUCUGUGAGCUUGCAGCAGAGUGGCGUCAAACUUUCCAUUCUGAUGUUGUGGUUGAUUUAGUUUGUUAUCGAAGAUUUGGGCAUAAUGAGAUUGAUGAGCCAUCUUUCACACAGCCCAAAAUGUACCAGGUUAUAAGGAAUCAUCCCUCAGCUCUUGAAAUUUACCAGAAGAAACUUUUAGAAUCUGGGCAAGUAACCAAAGAAGACAUUGAUAGGAUAAACAACAAAGUUAAUAAUAUCCUCAAUGAAGAAUUCUUGGCUAGCAAAGAUUAUGUUCCAAAGAGAAGGGACUGGCUUUCAUCUCAUUGGUCUGGAUUUAAGUCACCUGAACAGCUUUCACGUGUCCGUAAUACUGGGGUAAAACCAGAGAUUUUGAAGAAUGUUGGAAAAGCUAUCACAUCACUUCCAGAGAAUUUUAAGCCUCACAGAGCAGUAAAGAAGGUUUAUGAUCAACGUGCACAAAUGAUUGAAACUGGUGAAGGCAUUGACUGGGCACUUGGGGAAGCACUUGCCUUUGCUACAUUGGUAAUAGAAGGUAACCAUGUUCGACUGAGUGGGCAGGAUGUUGAAAGAGGUACAUUUAGUCAUCGGCAUUCUGUAGUUCACCACCAGGAAACAGGAGAGAAGUAUUGCCCUCUUGAUCAUCUUAUCAUGAACCAAGAUGAGGAAAUGUUCACUGUUAGCAACAGCUCACUUUCUGAGUUUGGUGUUCUUGGGUUUGAAUUGGGUUACUCAAUGGAAAGUCCUAAUGCAUUGGUAAUUUGGGAAGCUCAAUUUGGUGACUUUGCCAAUGGGGCUCAAGUUAUAUUUGAUCAGUUUCUGAGCAGUGGUGAGUCUAAGUGGCUUCGUCAAACUGGGCUUGUUGUUCUACUUCCUCACGGUUAUGAUGGCCAGGGCCCUGAACAUUCAAGUGCAAGAUUGGAGCGUUUUCUUCAGAUGAGUGAUGAUAAUCCUUUUGUCAUUCCUGAGAUGGAUCCAACUCUUCGAACACAAAUUCAGGAAUGUAAUUGGCAAGUUGUGAAUGUUACUACUCCUGCUAAUUACUUCCAUGUUCUGCGGCGUCAGAUACAUAGGGAUUUCCGUAAACCUCUUAUUGUGAUGGCUCCUAAGAACCUGCUUCGUCACAAGGACUGCAAAUCAAAUCUAUCCGAAUUUGAUGAUGUCCAAGGUCACCCUGGUUUUGACAAACAGGGAACCAGAUUUAAACGCCUUAUAAAGGACCAGAACGAUCACUCUGAUCUUGAGGAGGGUAUAAGGCGACUAGUUCUUUGCUCUGGGAAGGUUUAUUACGAGCUUGAGGAAGAGCGUAAGAAGGCCAGUGCAAAGGAUGUAGCAAUAUGUAGGGUGGAACAGCUUUGCCCCUUCCCCUAUGAUCUUAUCCAGCGAGAAUUGAAGCGAUAUCCAAAUGCUGAGAUCGUUUGGUGCCAGGAAGAGCCAAUGAACAUGGGUGCAUACAGUUAUAUUGCACCUCGCCUCAGCACUGCCAUGAAAGCUUUGAACAGAGGAACCGUGGAUGAUGUUAAAUAUGUUGGCCGUGCUCCAUCAGCUGCAACGGCCACUGGUUUCUAUCAGGUUCAUGUCAAGGAACAAGCAGAGCUUGUGCAUAAAGCCAUACAGCCUGAGCCGAUUGAGUUUCCUUGAUGGAUCCUAUUUGAAGAAUACCCUUAAAAGAAAAAAAUGAAAAGAAAAAAAAAUUGAAAAAUGAAACUCAUUCUUAAUAAGAACAAUUGCAUACAUAUGAUGUUAUCAGAAAGUCGAUCUUGCGGUUGAAUCCCUUUUUUUCUUUUUUUGGUUUUUUCCUUAGUUCCUUCAGCAAAGGUACCAUGGUACUGCAUGCAAGUUGAAUAGUUGGAUUUAUAUUUAUCAUUUGAUUUUGUUCUGUUUCUCUCGUUGUGCAACGCUGUUAAGAGUGUAAUAAAAUUAUGCUGCGUUAUCCUUGUACAAACAUGAAUCGGAAUUGUCCAAAAGUUAUAGUCAGAAUGGGGAUUUUCUUCUCACCCAUUUUGCUCUUCUAAUGUAAUGCACUUGCGUCUCUUCUUCUUA